GAAGAUUACAGCUGUUUUUUUCAUAGUCUUCUCCAUCUUUGCCCAGGGGUUCUCUGGCAUCAAAGUGCAUCAUAGAAUGUCCAUUAACACUACGGCUGGCCAGAACAUCAGCCUGCCAUGCGUUAUAGAGACAGAUGAAAAAAACAUCGCCCAGAUCCAUUGGAAGAGGAUUACAGCAGGAAAUAAAGAACACAGCAUUGCGAUCUUCAACCCCCAGUUCCCGCCAGUAAAAUAUGAGUGGAACAACGUCUCUCUGGAUAUCGAGGAUCACAGCCAGAAACUGAGGGGUUCGAUCCUGCAGUUGCAGGAAGUGGACAACUGGGCCAGUGGCCAGUACAUGUGUGAGCUGACAAUCUUCCCUGAUGGAACAGUCAAGAGGGUCACAAAUCUACUGGUCAUAGACGUCAAGCUAUCUGCCAGCGUGACAUGGCUAAACCAGAGUGCAGGAGAGGGGGUCAAGGUGAUGAUCCUCUGUAACAGCACUCCCUCUGCAGACAACUAUUUCCUCUGGCCCUCCAAGGAUAAAUCAUCAGUUUUAAGGAACGAGACAGGAUUGUUCCUGCUGCACGAGGUGAUGAGGGAAAGCGAUGAUGUGUAUGUCUGUCAGCCAGAAUGGUCACUGAGUCACCCUCUCCAUGGACAGAACCUCACUACUCAAGUGCGAGUCUGCUGCAAGUGUGAUGAACCCUCACAUUCACACAAGGGAGGCCACAGACUGUGA